AUGUCUAUACCUCUACUAUUAUUCAUCAUCACCACUAUAUGCUCAUGGUGUUCCAAUACAGUGCUUGCACAAGAGGCUGCGAAUCCACACUAUGUUGCCCUGUUGAAUGAUUCCAUGUGGUUUUACGAGGCACAGCGGAGUGGAAGAUUACCGUCAUCCAACCGAGUAUCUUGGCGACAUGAUUCAGGACUCAAUGACGGCAGCGAUCACGACAUUGACUUGACCGGUGGCUACUACGAUGCAGGAGACUACUUGAAGUUUACGCUACCACUUGCACACUCAAUUGCAUUUCUAUCAUGGGGUGCUAUCGAAUGGUACGAUGGAUACACCAAAGCCAACCAGACCGAAUACCUACGAAAUACGAUACGAUGGGGCACAGAUUGGUUAAUCAAAGCACAUCCCCAAGGUGAUGUGUUAUACGUCCAGGUGGGUGAUGGCGAGAUUGACAACAAUUAUUGGGGACCCGAUACGGAUAUCCCUGAACCACGACCUUCGUACAUGAUCAAUGGCAGCACACCAGGCACCGAUGUUGCUGCUCAGACUGCAGCUGCUUUUGCCGCAUCCUCGUAUCUUUUCCGCAAUCAACUCAACGACACCGAUUACGCCGACCUCCUUCAAUCUCAUGCUGAAUCCCUCUUCAACUUUGCUGAUACAGCCAAGCCAUGGCAAACAUAUACCACCGCCAUUGCUGCAUCCGCUGAUUAUUACGCUACCAACACCUAUACCAAUCAACUUGUUUAUGCCGCCUUGUGGCUGUAUCGUGCCACUGGUAAUUCAACCUACCGUGAUAAGGCAUCCUCUUAUUUCGAUCAAUUCAAACUCGCCACUCAGCCCAUUUCACUCACUGAUUGGAGCGACCAAUCCAUUGCUGCUUUCGUCCUUGGAGCCCAAGUGGAUAAUGAUAAUAGCAAGUACAGCGAUGCAGCUAUCAAGUGGUUGGAUGACAUUAUCCAUGGCAGCGAUAUUUGCUCUUACACAAAAGGCGGAUUGUUAUGGUGUGACGGAUACAGCGAUGAUAAUGCACUUGUCCCAGCACAAGAUACUGCCUUGUUGGCUCUGAUAUACAGCAAGGUCGACUCAUCCAAAUCGAACGAUUAUACCAGCUUUGCCACCAACCAGAUUAAUUACAUGCUUGGCAACAACCGAAUGUUGACACCUUAUGUUUGUGGUGUGCAUAUGAACUCGCCACACAACCCACAUCAUGCAGGUGCAUCCGGUGGCACUGAUAUCAACAAUAUUGACACAUCUCCCCCUGAGGAAAAAUAUCUCCUCUAUGGCGCUAUUGUGGGUGGUCCUGAUAAGGAUGACAAGUUUUACGAUGAACGAAACGAUUGGGCUCAAACGGAAGUAGCGUUGGAUUACAAUGCCCCAUUCCAAGGUUUGGUCGCUUACCAGCUCAGCUUGGAUCAUGUGGACGACCCACCUUACGUAUCCAUCACCGAACCUCGUCCUCAUGUGACACGCUCUCAUCCCAUCGAAAAGUGGCUUAUUGCUGUCAUUGUCAUUGUCGUCAUCUUUGUCGUCGCUUUGGGAUUGUACAUUUGCUGGUGGAAACGUCAAGCUGUUCGCGCUUGUUGCGCUGGUCGUCGAAAUCAAGGCAAGGCGAUCGAAGCUUAA